UCGCGAUAUACUCGACGAUUCGCGAACUGGCUGCGCUAUCGUCUUUCGGCUCAUUGGAGCGGAUGCUCUCCCUCCACCUUCUAAGCACAGAACGGACACACAUUGCAUGCCCUCUCGAGGGCUAGAAGUAGCCUAAAUGGCUUCCGAUCAUCUCUCCCCGGAGAGCGCCUUGCCUGGGAAUGAGGUUCAGGAAGUGAGCAGUAAUAUCUCCAAGCCGACCCAACGACAACGAUGGGCAACCCAGCGGGUUGCGGGCGCCGGAGGUGUGCGGAAACGCGUUUCUAUUAUGGAUCGCUUUAACAAGCGCUCGGAAAUGAAGGAUGAGAAGCGAAAAUCAACAUCAAGCAAUCUUCCUACUGCAGAGAACCCGAAUGCCGAAGGCAAUGCAGAUGCCAGCAAUAGAAGAAUAUACUUCAAUAUUCCUAUCCCAGAAUCAGAAAGAGACGAGGAUGGCCACCCCAAGGCGAUUUACCCUAGAAACAAAAUUCGAACUGCGAAAUAUACACCGCUGUCUUUCGUGCCAAUGAAUAUUUGGCUCCAGUUCCACAACAUCGCGAACAUCUAUUUCUUGUUCAUCAUUAUCCUUGGGUUCUUCUCGAUCUUCGGUGUCGAUACUCCCGCCCUUAACACAGUUCCCUUAAUCGUCAUCGUGGUAGUCACGGCCAUUAAAGAUGCUAUCGAGGAUUGGCGGCGUACAGUAGUCGAUAAUGAAGUCAACAAUUCCCCCGUAUACCGCUUGGUCGAAUGGAACAACGUGAAUUCAGUCGAAGACAAUGUCUCUCUGUGGCGUCGAUUUAAGAAAGCGUGUACUCGGGCGACUAUUUGGACAUACCGAAAGAUCAAAGGCCUGGCUCAAAAAAACAAGAAGCUUCCCGAGCCUGCUGACGAGGAUCGGCGUGCAUCUUUUAUGACUAUGGCGACCCCACGGGCAUCUAUGUAUUCUCAACGAGGGGACGGCGGCUUGGCAGACGAAGCUAUUCAAAUGACCCCGGUUCCAUCACCAACGCCCGAGGCGCGUCCAGACUGGCCACUCGCAGCCGAAGAGCACAGUCAGUAUCUGCAUCCGGACAAAGCGGCUCGAGGCAGUGUCGCGGUGCCGUCCAGUACUGCUACCCCACCAAGAAAGGGCGGGAGUGUCGUGGACACGUCCAAGCAGAUAACUGGAAAAGCUAGGUUUAAGCGCGACUUUUGGAAAAGCGUACAAGUGGGGGAUUUUGUGCGGCUGUAUAACGGAGAUCCCGUCCCAGCCGAUGUUGUGGUGUUGUCAACCUCCGACCCCGACGGUGCAUGUUACGUGGAGACUAAGAGUCUGGACGGUGAAACCAAUCUCAAAGUUCGACAAGCUCUCAACUGCGGACGUCAGGUUAGACAUGCUAGAGAUUGUGAGAGGGCCGAGUUUGUGAUUGACAGUGAACCGCCGCAUCCCAAUUUGUAUGCCUAUAGCGGUGCGCUACGUUGGGACCAGCGUGAUCCUGAUUUCCCUGAGGCACCCCGAAAGGAAAUGGUGGAACCUAUCACGAUCAACAAUAUACUACUACGUGGCUGUUCCCUGCGCAAUACCGAAUGGGCUCUUGGUGUUGUCCUUUUCACCGGUGAUGAGACGAAAAUUAUGCUGAACUCAGGUGUGACACCCAGUAAGAGGGCUCGCCUUGCUAAGGACCUUAACUGGAACGUUAUAUACAACUUCAUUAUAUUGUUCUUUAUGUGUCUCAUCUCUGGAAUUGUCAACGGCGUCGCGUGGUCCUCAAGUGAUAAAUCUCUCAAUUACUUCGAUUUUGGCUCCUAUGGAAGUACUCCGGCAGUCACCGGCAUCAUCACUUUCUGGGUCGCUCUUAUCUUAUUCCAGAAUUUGGUCCCGAUCUCGCUCUAUAUCUCCCUCGAAAUCGUCCGCACGAUUCAGGCUGUCUUCAUUCAUAGUGACGUGUUCAUGUACUACGACAAACUGCAGAUUUACUGUGUCCCGAAGUCUUGGAACAUCUCGGAUGACGUCGGGCAAAUCGAGUACAUCUUUUCAGACAAGACGGGUACCCUGACUCAAAACGUUAUGGACUUCAAGAAAUGCACUGUUAAUGGGGUUUCAUAUGGCGAAGCGUUUACUGAAGCACAGAUCGGCAUGGUACGGCGAGAAGGGGGAGACGCUGAUGCUGUUGCUGCUAGAGAGCGAGAGAGGAUUGCUACCGAUACGACUAGAAUGCUUGAAAUUAUACGAAAGAUACACGAUAAUCCCUAUCUGCGCGAUGAAAGCUUGACUUUCAUAUCAUCAAAUUACGUUGCAGAUUUGGCAGGCCAGUCAGGUGAAUCCCAAAGGAAAGCUACGGAGCAUUUUAUGCUUGCCCUUGCAGUCUGUCAUACUGUAAUCACCGAGCAUACACCUGGUGAUCCUCCGCAGAUCGAGUUCAAAGCACAGUCGCCCGAUGAGGCGGCUUUGGUCGGCACUGCUCGAGAUUGUGGGUUCACCCUUCUUGGGAGAUCGGGUGACGACCUUGUAUUAAACGUCAUGGGCGAAGAGAGGACAUAUACCGUGCUCAAUACUCUUGAAUUCAACUCGUCCAGAAAGCGGAUGAGUGCGAUCAUCCGUAUGCCUGACGGCCACAUACGACUCUUCUGCAAAGGCGCGGAUAGUAUUAUCUAUUCACGUUUGGCUCCAGGAAAGCAGCAGGAGCUUAGAAAGAAGACUGCUGAGCAUCUUGAAAUGUUUGCUCGUGAAGGUUUGCGGACUCUGUGUGUCGCAGAUCGUGUACUCAGCGAAGAAGAAUACCGGGCCUGGAGUAAGGAACACGACAUUGCCGCUGCUGCACUCACCGAUCGCGAGGAAAAGCUUGAGCAAGUCUCCAGUAAUAUAGAACAAGAUCUCAUGCUUAUCGGAGGGACUGCUAUUGAAGACAGACUCCAAGAUGGCGUUCCCGAUACCAUCUCUUUGUUGGCAGAUGCUGGUAUAAAGCUGUGGGUCCUGACUGGCGACAAGGUGGAGACUGCCAUAAACAUCGGAUUCUCAUGCAACCUUUUGGAUAAUGAUAUGGAAUUGAUCGUCUUCAAUAUUCCAGACAAUGAACCGCAACGCGCGGCGCAAGAACUUGACCGGCAGUUACAAAGAUUUGGAAUGACAGGAUCCGACGAAGAGCUUCUGGCCGCCCGUCAAGAUCAUUCGCCACCGGCACCAACACAUGCCAUAGUUAUUGAUGGCGAGACCCUCAAGCUGAUGCUUGAUGAUGAACUAAAGCAAAGAUUUCUACUAUUGUGUAAACAAUGCAAGUCUGUCUUAUGCUGUCGAGUGAGUCCUGCUCAGAAAGCUGCAGUCGUACGGAUGGUCAGGAACGGCCUUGAUAUCAUGGCUCUUUCAAUCGGCGAUGGUGCCAACGAUGUUGCUAUGAUCCAGGAGGCCGACGUCGGUGUUGGUAUCAUUGGUGAAGAAGGCCGACAGGCAGCGAUGUCCUCUGAUUAUGCCAUUGGACAAUUUCGGUUCCUUCAACGGCUUAUCCUUGUCCAUGGACGAUGGUCUUACCGCCGCAUGGCGGAGACCAUUGCGAACUUCUUCUACAAGAACUUAGUAUGGACGAUUGCACUCUUCUGGUAUUCAAUCUACAAUGACUUUGAUGGCUCCUACCUCUUUGACUAUACCUAUAUCGUCCUGGUUAACGUGGCGUUCACAUCACUGCCCGUCAUCCUAAUGGGUAUUUUUGAUCAGGAUGUCGACGACAAAGUCUCAUUAGCCGUUCCACAACUGUACAUGAGAGGUAUAGAGCGGAAGGAAUGGUCUCAGCUCAAGUUUUGGCUGUAUAUGCUCGACGGCUUUUACCAAUCCAUCAUUUGUUUCUACAUGCCGUAUCUUUUGUACAACUCGGCGACUUUCCAACACUCUAAUGGGCUGGAUAUCAAUGACCGGACCCGGAUGGGUGUCCUCGUCGCCACUAGCGCGGUCAUCGCUAGUAACACUUACAUCAUGCUGAAUUCGUAUCGGUGGGAUUGGCUGACGACCUUGGUCAAUGUUAUCAGUACACUCUUGAUCUUCCUUUGGACUGGUAUCUACUCGUCGGUUUCUGCUUCAGCUCAGUUCUACAAAUCCGGCGCCCAGGUUUACGGGGCUUUGUCUUUUUGGGUCGUGCUUCUUCUAACUGUCACGAUAUGCCUCCUUCCCCGGUUCACGUUCAAAGCCUUCCAGAAGGUGUUCUUUCCCCUGGAUGUGGACAUUAUUCGGGAGCAGGUUACUCAAGGAAAGUUCAAGUUUUUGGAUCAGUAUGAGGCGUUUGUACCUCCCAAGGCAGCUGCCGCUGCGGCUUCAGGUCAGUUGAGUGAUGAAUCAGCUGCUUCUUCGGAUUUGGGAAAACCAAUGCAACCCAGUAUGAAACAGGAUCCUUUUUCAGACGACCAGCAGAUAUAUGCGGCCUCCGUUGCUCCCACCUCUCGUACCUUUCAAACACAUAACCCCCGCAGUCAAAACGGCAGUAAUGGGACAAAUUAUGCGUCCUCCCUCGAUACGACCCAACAUUACCAUGCCCAGCCGGUGGAUUAUGUCCGCCGCUCGGCCGAACGGACGCGACAUUCUUUCGAUAGAGUUCGGCAUGAUUUCGAAGCGAGCGAGUUAACGCGAGUGGAGACGACACUUACAAGUGGCGUUCAAGAGCCUCAAAGUCCCCAUAGUCCACUAAAAGCCCCCUACGAUCCUCCGUCGCAUGCCUCAUAAAAUUAUAUCAUCUAUUUUAUACUAUAUACACUCGAUGUUUCUUACGCCCCUUUGUCGGUUUCUUGUCGAUGCAUCUGAUUCUGUUUUGUUUGUGUUCUGCAUGACGAGUAAUCCCCUUGUUUUCCUGGAGCCCCGCUGUUUAUUCCCCUAUAGAAGGCGUUCGGUAUACAGAUUUGGCUGGUGGUUCGGCGCGAAUUUCUUCUAUCGAAACUUUCCUACAUUCAUCGGCCUUUUCACUUUUCCUAUUUUUAUCUUGUGGCGUAAUGCCUGUGUCACUUCUUGUACAAAAGCUUUAUAUUUCCUGUGUGUGAAUAUGCCCCUGCCAUCGCUUACCAAUUUUCCCUUUGAUCCCUUUUCUCUUUUCUCAUAUAAUCUUGACUGUUAUCUCAAAGACCUGGUGAGGGGGACAACCUUCAGCGCGCUUGAAGGAAAUGAGGUAUGCGUGGUGGAAGGAAUUAUGGAUUUUACGUUUUCUGUUGAAGACCGUCGAUGUGAAUAUCUCUUAGAGAGAACUAGUGUUUAUUUGAAAGGAGGCAUUCGCCAUGAGUGGACUCUAUAGUAGUAAUAUUUAUGAGUAACUACAGUACUAAAGUAAGC